GGAGGAGGGGAGCGUGUUACACACACGCGGCCGGAUUAAGUCCCUCACAAACCUGGUUUAGACAAGCAGAACAGGACAAAGCUGCAGGAGUCCACAGAUACAGACCGCCUGAACACAGAACAACAGGACAAACCCCGUCUGCACUGUGACUGUUCUGAAGAGGCAAGAGCAGGACCAUCAGACGGAUUACAUGUACAUACACGUGGAGAAGGAGGCUGAGAAAGACACAGGAAGCAGCAAUUGAAGACGAGGACAGAUACAAGUGUAAAAAAGCAGGCCUGCGAUAAUUCAGCUGAAGAUACAGAUCUAGAAGCUCUAAAUAUUUGAUAAGUUUGGCUGCAUUCAUCCCACAGAAAUGCAUCCAGCAAGCUCAAGAAAGAGCGAGUGGCUUUUCUUCUUCUUCUGUGCCAUAUGUCUUUCUGUGUGUGCUGGGACAGGAAUGCCGGGUUCAGACUACACCCCUCAUCCUCGCUUCAUCUGCAGUCCUAUUCCUGCUGAUGCCGAUCCCGGGUGUUUCCCCACAGCAGGCGGCCCCAGCGGCCCCGGAUCCGGACACCAGGGCGGUCCCGGCGGGAGCAGCAGCGGCUGGUGGGGAAUGUCCGAGGAGGCCAAAGCGACGAUCCUGCACCUGCGGGAGAGUUUGGUGCAGCAGAAGGAAACCAUCCUGGACCAGAGGGAGACCAUCCGAGAGCUCUCCGCCAAACUGAACCUGUGCGAGGGCUCGAGCCACACAUCCCCACACCUGGCCCAUCACACCCACCACACCUACCCCUCGGCACCCGACACCGGACACCUCGGGCUGGAGCUGGGACACUAUGGAGACGGGGUCGGAGGGCAUCACGCUGGGGAAGCUGCUCUGAGCGAGAAGCAUGUGAUGGGGGAGAUUCCUUCAUCCUCGUCCACACCGGAGCAGAUGAACAAGAUGCUGCAGAGCCUCAAGCAGCGGCUGGACAACCUGCAGACAAGAAACACCUCCAGCGGCCACUCCAGCUCUCUGAAGGACCUCCUGCAGAGGAAGAUCAGUGCUCUGGAGCAACAGAUGCAGCACCAUCACCCCGACCACGAGGAGGAGGAGGAUGACAGAGAGCAUGACAACCAUGACGACCACAGUGAUUCACAUGAUCCACAUGACAACAACAGCCACCAGGACAACGAGGCGUCCGAGCAUGGCUCUGAGAGGCUGUCGUAUGACCUGCAGGGUCUCGGAGAAGCACAGGGAGGAGCACACAGUAAACUGGAUGCGGUCCUCAGUCAGCUGCAGCACAGGCUCACUGACACGGGUUCUAGAAGGAUCAGCAGACCCACGGAAGCUUUCCAGAUCGGCUUCCCCAUGAGGACCAACUACAUGUACGGCCGUGUGAAGCACACGCUGCUGCACGAGAUCUUCUCCUUCACGCUGUGUCUGUGGAUGAAGGCUGGCAUCGACCCGGGGCUCGGGACGCCCUUCUCUUACUCUGUGCCCGGACAGGCCAAUGAGCUGGUGCUCAUCGAGUGGGGAAACAACCCCAUGGAGCUGCUGGUCGAUGACACAGCAGUGUCUUUGGCGCUCUCGGUGAGUGAUGGUAAAUGGCACCACGUGUGUGUGACAUGGUCGGCGCGAGACGGACUGUGGGAGGCCUACCAGGAUGGAGUGAAGAGAGGCUCAGGGGAAAACCUCUCGCCCUGGCAUCCCAUCAAACCUGGAGGAGUCUUCAUACUGGGACAGGAACAGGACACACUGGGGGGGCGCUUCGACGCCACGCAGGCGUUCGUUGGUGAGAUCUCAGACGUUCAGAUGUGGUCUCACGUUCUCACGCCGCACGACAUCUACAGCCUGGCAUCAUGUGGAGGUCACAUGACCGGUGACAUCAUCGCCUGGGCGGAGUCAGAGGUGGAGCUGCACGGCGGGGUCACCAAAUACCCCUUUGACCCCUGCCAUUAAAGAGAAGGACACGUGAUGACAAAGCAUUCUGACCAGUCCUGACCUGAUCGUAAUGCAAAACUCAUUCAAUAUUGCCUUCUGUUUACAUGAGGACAUUGAACGACCCCAUGACCUCUAGGUGUUCAACAGGGACAUGUGUUUUGUAUUGUUUUCAUAUUCUACGCAUGGCUCUUCAUUGCCAUUCAAUGUCUGAUGCGAUAGUAUUUGACAUAUUGUCCUAACUUGGACAGAAAGCGAUAGAUCAUAAACAGGGUGUGAAGACAUAAAUGUAGAAACAGACGGCUCUCGAGGCACUAUUUGAGCAGUGAGCUGAAGUUAAAAGACUGAUUUACUUGAACUGUAAGAAUAAUCUAAAGAUACAGUGAAACCGAAGAGAGAGAGAGAGAGAAAAAAGUAAACGUUCUAACUGAAAUAAGGGUUUGACUGUACUGUCCAGAUGUUCAAAUAUUUAGCCGACUCAAAGUGGCGCUAAAUAAGCAGCUAUUUUGUCAUA